CAUAUGCGUGAGAAACCAGCUGGGGGCAGCCAUGUACUCUGCAUAGCUUGUGGAGCUGCCUGUUGUGCUAAAAGAGGACAGACGCUCAGGCGCUAGGGUAGGAGGCUCGGGUCUGAGCGUCAACAGAGAACUUACACUGUUGCAGUUAACCUUCACAGACAGCACCUUGUUGACACUCGGCUCUGUGGGAUCUGGGAAGACGUUACCCACGAUAAUCUACAUCCUUCAGGGUCCACCAUCUGAAAUCAGAAUGGACGCUCAUGGUGACAAAACACACACCUGUGGGACAAUAUGUCUGAAGUAUCUGCUUCUUCUCUUUAACAUUCUUUUCUGGCUGGCAGGAGGGGCUGUACUGGCAGUGGGAGUGUGGACCCUGGUGGAAAAGAGCGACUACAUCAGUUUGCUGAACUCCAGCUUCUACUCGGCCUCCGCUUACAUCCUGAUCGCUGCUGGAGUCCUUGUGAUAGUGACCGGGAUAAUCGGAUGCUGUGCCAUUAUGAAGGAGAUGAGGAGUCUGUUGAUUGUGUACCUGAGCUUGUUGCUCUUUAUUUUCCUGCUGGAAAUCAUUGCUGGGGUGCUGGCCUACAUUACCUACCAAGAGUGUUUCCCUUUCUGCUACCAGCUGGAUGAGGAGCUCAGGCAGAACCUAAAGGGGACCAUGCAGCAGAAAUACCAGCAGCCAGGGGAGGAGAGCGUCACGCAGGCUGUGGAUAAGCUUCAGCAGGAGUUUAAGUGCUGUGGCAGUCACAACUCCUCAGACUGGACAGAGAGUGUUUGGAUCCAGGUGAAUGAGCGGCUUGUUCCUGAUAGCUGCUGCAAAACUCCCACUGAGCUCUGCGGACGCAGGGACCAUCCCUCCAACAUCUACAAGGUGGAGGGUGGCUGCAUUAUGAAAUUAGAGGAGUUCAUUCUGAGUCAGUUGUAUAUUCUUGGUUCAGUGGGCAUUGGGAUUGCAUUUCUACAGCUUGUGGGGAUGAUGUUUACUUGCUGCCUUUAUCGAAAUUUGAAGGAAGAUCCGUACUGAUUAUUGACUUUCUUUUAUAUGACAAGUCACAUCAUGAAUUGUAAACUGUUUCCAAUUCUGUACGUGGUGAAGUUGCCAAUUCAAAUCAUGACAUGAUGAAUAAAAUUUAAGAAUACACACACUACAGAUGCUAUGAUGCUGCUGGGCAGCACUGUUCAGCACUGUUUCUGCAAAAUGCAGUUGCAUGCUGUAUCUUCCCUGUUAAGAUAGUGAUGUGUAGAUGAAGUUGUAACCAAACAACACAUUUGAAAGAGCAGCGAAAUAUGAGCAUGCUGUGCCUGCAUUUGCAGCCAGUGUUGGUCUUGUUGUUUAUCUACUUUUUAUGUAAUAAACAGUGUUUACCAAAGUUAUGAUUUAAAAACGAAUAUAAGAAUAUUUUUGUUUGUUGAAAUACAAAUAAAAUGCUUGCCAUUUAUGUGAUGUGACAGUGAAUCUGUCACAUCACAUUGUAUUCUCCGCUGCCUUCGACUGUGAACUUUUAU